AUGCUGGUGGCCAUGCGUGCGAACGGCUUCGCAGGUUGGCUUUGCGUGCCAUUGGUGCUGCUUUUGCGAGUGCGGGUCUUCGCUUUUGACUUGUGCCUGAGGUCAGGUAUUGCUAACGAAAGCCGUGCAUAUAUACAGGACGAGCGCGGUCAAAAUCUCCCCAUAGGCAUCUUCGCGUACCAGCGGUCAUCUUCCCUUGUGCAAUCGCACAUUGCCGCCAUCUUGAUCUCCGAGCAGUUGGGCUACCAUGUGGAGUUCAAGUAUGAGAACCGGGGGCCAUUUGAAGCGCAGUCAUGGCUGUCGUGCAAAGAUCUGAACUUUAGUGCUGGAUGGCUUGCUGAUUCUUUGUGCAUCCCUGGCGAGAACCGAGUUCACAUCGCUUUGGACACAGGCUUUGGGGCUUUGCCUUAUGAGCUCUACUUUACCAAUCUUUUCCGCUCGCUGGAAGCGUGCUGUCAGCGAAGCCCGAGGGAUCUGGGCUCCAUGGGGUAUCACAGUCGAGAGCGCAUCUUCAUGAAAAGAUCCCAGGUAGACACGGCUUUGCAGGACGGCUUCAUCCUCAACUUGCACGGCAGCUACAACACCACGCUUCACGACCCGAGGAAAUAUUUCGAUGGCAUCGACGCGUUGAAUACCAGUGACCUUCUUCCCUGCAACCGCACCAUCAAUCGCAGGCUGCCCGUCGCUGCUGAGUUGGAGUCUUAUGUCUAUUGGACUGGCGACGCAGAUGGAGUCACUCAAGACGCAGACGGAACCAAGACAGUUUUUUGCCCGGACGGGCACGUCUGGAUCGCACCGGCUUGCCGCAGCAAUUUGACAAGCUGCAUUGCUAUGGCCACUUUUUGGAGCUUGCCUUUGAUCUCCAUAAUGCACUGGUCCGCAGUCCAUGGCCUCCCUCUGGCCGUGGGAUACUACAGUCGAAUCCAAGAUUUCUUCGCCAAAAUGAGAGACGGGAACACUUUAUUUUACUGGUGGGAGCCGGAGAACUACGAGUUUGGGGUAGAGAAGGUGCCUCUGCUCUUCCCCGUUUACAACGCUAGCGAGUGGGCCGUGGGGAACCAGAGGACGGAUCAGCCUCCCGGGUAUGUUGGCAAGCUGGUAAGCUCGAAUCUCCAGGCCAAGGCACCGCGAGUACAUACCCUGAUCGAGCGGUUUUCUCUUAGUACUGGGAUCUUGGAAGAGCUGAACCAGCUCCUGUCUGUGGCCGGAAUCUCUGCCGGUGGUACUCCAACGGCAGGAGACGACGUAGUCUAUCGCUUGGCCUGCGAUUGGGUACGAUCCAGCGAGUCUUUGUGGAGGGCGUGGAUUCCUAUGACGUGCGAUGCAGGGUCCGGUCUUGUCGAUGCAGGUGGCCAAUAUCUUCUCAGUCGUGGAGAUGAUGCUGUGGGUUGCAGCACAUGCUCGUCUGGUCGUUUCUCGGAGCCUCUUCUGGAUGGCCAGGGCUUCAUUUACCGCUGUGCCACGUGCCCCCCGGGCACUUAUCAGGAGUUCCCGAACCAAGUUGCCUGCAACGACUGCACGUUGGGCAGCUUCGCCAAUGAGACGGGUGCCACAGCAUGCAACCUGUGUCCGCUGGGCACUUUUGCAGACCAGGAAGGUCGCACGGCCUGCGCCAGCUGCGGGGACAAUACCUGGACCACCAUGGACUUGGUGAGCAACGAGGGGAGCAGCGAUGGUCGUGGUCGCUGGAUUGAAGUGCUUGGGGCCACAUCCAAGGAUUUCUGCGUUUGUGUAGAAGGCCGCCAUUUCUGGCAGGGCCGAUGCGAGUUGUGCCUGCAGGGCGCGACUUGCCUGGGGCCUACGAGCCUCACAAUCGACCCCGGCUUCUUUGCCUUUCCCGAGCAUCCGGGCAACGUCUUCCGCUGCUUCGGCCUGGAGCAGCGUUGCCAGGGUGGCCCUCCUGGCAGCUGCGCAGCAGGCCGCAGCAACCAGAGCCUUGCCUGUGCCCAGUGCUUGCCGGGAUUCCAGGCACAAGCAGAUGGCCAGUGCCGCGAGUGUGCGGCAACGGACUUUGCCAUCGUCUUUGGCCUCUGCCUGCUUGGGGUCUUCUUUGUGGGAUGCCUUCACGCGUCUCUGAUCGCAGAGGAGAAGUUCGCCAGCCAUGGCAGCCAGCACGGGAGCCUGCUGAAUGUAGCCUUGGGCUUGAGCCAACUAGUGACGUGCGCGCAGGUGUUUGGCGUGCUGCGCAGAUUGCGGGUUCCCUGGGAGGAGCCUUUUUCCCUUCUGUUGCUGGCAUCGGAGUUCCUGUCACUGGAUGCGCUGGUGUAUUCUUUCAGCUCCAUUCAAUGCGUUCUCCCGUCCUCAGCAGUGGAAGAGUACCUGGCAGCCGCAUCCUUGCUUCCAUUGGCCUUCGUCUUGUCCUUGAUCCUUGUGCAUUCUGCAUACAUCAGCUGGCGCAGGCGUGGGCUGCGCCUGGAUUUGUUGGGGAAGACCUGCGGCUCGUUCUCCAUGCUCUUCCUGAUUUCAAUCCUGUCUUCAAUUCUGGAGCCUUUCUAUUGCAACUUGCAUCCCAACGGAGACCGGACCAUGCAGUCCCGUCAUGACGUGCUCUGCAAUUUCCGUGCUGAGCACCUGGAGAUCUGCCUCUUUGCCAUGGCCCUCUGUACGGUUCCGAUUGCCUUUCUCUCCAUCUGUGUCCGCAUCAUUGUUUUCGAUCUUCCGAAGCGCAUUCAAAAAGCCGACGUCGGCUUUGUGAAUGCCUGUUCCUUCCUGGUUCUGCGAUACCGUCCGGGGGUAGAGGCGUUCGCGGUGGUUGUCUUGCUCAGGAACAUCCUCCUAACGUUGUCUCCUCUGAUUACAUCCCAGGCCGGCAGUCUGCUGGUGCUCUGCACAUCCCUGUACAUCACAUUCUGUGCGGUGGCGUUUUGGCAGCCCUGGCGGACGAAACUGGCCACGUACACGGAUCUGGUGAUGCAUGCUGGCUCCCUGCUCGUGUUGGACAUGGGCAAGUUCUAUGCUCCCACCGUAGAAGAUGGCUACACAUUAAUGAUGAUUUGCAUCGUGGCUAGCGGUAUCAUGCUUGUUUGGGGCACGGUGGUUGUGCUCUGGGCCGCCCGGCGCCGCUUUUCAAAGCGCCAGCACUUCCGUUUCGCCCUCAGCCACCACACGCCCGAAGCAGGGACAUUGGCACGCUUGCUGAAGAUCGAGCUGCAGAAAAGGCACAACCUGCGGACGUUUAUCGGCUCGGAUGAUCUGACUGAUCUAACGCAGCAUUUCACCUGCAUUGCCCAAGAUGUCGACACGCUGGUGGCCCUUGCAGGCCGCGACUUCUUGCUGCAGAGGUGGUGUGUCGGUGAUGUGGUGACAGCCAAGGCCCACGGCGUUGAGGUUGUGCUUCUUUCUCUUCCCGGCUUUGUGAUGCCUGACCAGCAAUUUGUUGAAGCCUACGAGAAAUUCGUGCCAAGGGUGAGGGAGCUUGCUGUCCAUGGAAUAACUCUCGAACAGGUUCGAGACUCACUGACAUGGUGCAGUUCAUUGGAGCGCUCUGACGUCGUGGGCUGCGAUCCGGAGAUGCUUACACAGGCAGUCGGAUGGCUAGUCGGCAAUGACGUCACGGUAAAGCAUUCCUCGGUCGUGUCGGAAAGCCGUUCGCAAACGAGUGUUGAGGGGACUACGUACCUUAUCUUAGCGGACACAACUCACAUGGAGGCCCAGGCCGCGGCUUAUUCCCUCUACAUGGUCCUGGCUGCGAAGAUGUUAGAGCUCUCCUUCAAGGGAUCCUUGCGUGUGAUGCGUGCCGAGGAUAGGGUCGAGGCUCUGUCUGACUCGGGCACCACGCAGGCGUUGCUGCUUUGCACCUGCGGAUCUUUGGAGAUCCCUCAGGUGGCCUCCUGGCUCCUGCAGCUGGGCCGCCUCAGCUCCAGCUUCGUGCUGCCCGUCGUGGCCGAGGACUCCUUUCAGUUCCCCACGGGGGCCGGGGCCCUGGGUUCCAGCAAUCUGGCCGCCACCCUCUCAGACGAGUUGGACGACGAGUUUGACAUGAAGCUCUACACUCAGAUCCAGCAGGCGGUCUUCCAAGAGAUCUCCGUGCCUUUCAUGCCAAGGAGCUCCAAUGCAAGGCAGCUGGACCUCCAGGCGAAGCUCAUCGUCGAGCGCCUCUCGCAGACCCGCGAGCCGAUCCAAGCGCGACCUUCCAUGAGCGCGCUCUCAGGCGUGGAGG